AAGAGUCCAACUCGCCUUAUAUUUCCCUUCUCUCCCAAAACCCUAUUUAGGGAUUCUCUGUCUUUUUCUUUCAUUUUCUUUAGGUUUCUCGCCCAGAUCGGACGCUCUCUUCAUCGUCGAAAUUAAAGAAAGAGGAUCGGAGGGAAGAUCCGAAGAGGCAGAGGGAGACAAACGCAUGAGAGCUGAAGACUUUUGAAGAAGUAAAAGAUGGUGAAGUUGACGUUGAUUGCUCGUGUUACUGAUGGGCUUCCACUAGCAGAGGGACUUGAUGAUGGUCGGGAUUUGAAAGAUGCUGAAUUCUACAAGCAGCAAGUGAAGGCCUUGUUCAAGAACCUCUCAAAAGGCCAGAAUGAGCCCUCAAGAAUGUCAAUUGAAACCGGCCCUUAUAUUUUUCAUUAUAUUAUUGAAGGACGUGUUUGUUACUUGACAAUGUGUGAUCGCGCUUAUCCAAAGAAACUUGCCUUCCAAUACCUGGAAGAUCUCAAGAAUGAAUUUGAGCGCGUUAAUGGGAAUCAAAUUGAAACUGCUGCAAGACCUUAUGCCUUUAUUAAAUUUGAUACAUUCAUACAGAAAACAAAGAAAUUGUACCAGGACACCCGUACUCAGCGUAAUAUUGCAAAACUGAAUGAUGAGCUUUAUGAAGUCCACCAAAUAAUGACUCGCAAUGUGCAGGAAGUACUGGGAGUUGGUGAAAAGUUAGAUCAGGUCAGUCAGAUGUCCAGCCGGUUGACAUCAGAAUCUCGCAUAUAUGCUGAUAAGGCAAGAGAUCUAAAUCGACAGGCUUUGAUUCGGAAAUGGGCUCCUGUUGCAAUAGUGUUUGGAGUCGUCUUCCUCCUCUUCUGGAUCAGAAAGAAGAUUUGGUGAUUCCACUGCCAGUGAUGCGGUUUCUGAAACUUGUUGCACAAAUUUCUGGCCUCCUAUCCAUCACAACGAGCUGUCUCUUGUGGCAUAGCAUUCCAGGCUUUGAAGACUUCUGAUUGGGUGCCUUAUUCACAUAAAACUCCUCAAUCAUGUUUGAAGGUGACCUGCUAGUUUUUGCUUGUGGCACAGUCGAGUCACGAGGACUAGUGUUAUAGGUGCCUCUUAAGAGCGGAAACAAAUGUGGAAUUUUGUAAGAGGCCUUCUUUAUAAAGACCGCCAAGAUAUAUUCACUAAUAUUAGAAAGAUCUUAUUUCAUUUUUCCUUCAUGCAGGUUCUCAUUCAUAUACAUACAUUAGAUAUUGUU